AUGGAGGACCCCGAAGAUACGAGCCGGGAUAAUGUGCUUUGGGGCGAUGCCAUGGAGGAGAUAUUCAUCGACAUGCUCUACCAGGACGCGCUUCAAGGUAGAUUAAAGGGCGGAAAGAUAACGUUUAGAGAGCAUGGAGUUUAUGCACAGCGACUCACUGCUGUUGGGAAGAAAGUGUUUGACGGGAACCAGGUCCGUGGAAAAUUGACGAGGUUGAAGGGGAUGCAGCGCUUGUUUACCGAUUUGUUGAGCCAAACUGGUAUGGGCUGGGAUCCCGACACAAAGACAGUUGUCGCGAGUGACGAGUGCUGGGAGAAUGCCAUUAGGGUUAAAUCGAAAUGGGGGAGGUUUCGUACUUUUGGCUGCCAAAGUACGAGGAGCUAUGCACCAUAUUUGCUACCCGCAGAUAGCGACGACGAGCGGCGCCUGGAUGAGGAGAUGCGAGCUCGAGUGCCUCCCGCACUAGGCCAUCGACAGGGAUUGCCCAUUGGCAAUGAUGACUUUAUUGACUUGAUGGGGAUCGGGUCACCUGCAGUGGAUGCCGUGACUGGGUCAUCACGUAGGCCGAAGCCAAGAAAGAAGAGCGAUUUUGAGGUGCAGCUUUCUGAGGCCGUCGAGGAGGUUAAACUGACGCAGAGAGCGAGGCAUAAACGAUAUGAGGAUGCAGAAGCUGUGGCAUCAUCGAAGCGCAGCAAAGAGUCAGAGCCUAGUGAGGGGACCAAUGCGGGGUAUGAUCCGAUUAGUCAUUGUGCGACGUUGCUAAGCGAGCUUUCCCCUCCGUUGGAUCCAUCCCAACUUGUUCGCGCAAUUAAGGAAUUACUGAACCCAGAGAUGCGACAGUUUUUCUUGUCCUUGGAUGCUGCAAGGAGGGACUCUUGGGCCCGUCAUUGUUAA